AUGAAGAAAAAGUUUGAAAUCUCAUAUUUAGGGAUGUUGCACUAUUUUCUCGAGUUAGAAGCGAAGCAAGUUCAAGAUGCAAUCUUUGUGUCACAAAGGAAGUAUGCAGUUGAUUUGCUUAAAAGGUUUAAUAUGUUGAAUUGCAAGAUUGCAGUCACUCCUAUGAACUUAAAUGAGAAGUUGCAGGUUGAUGAUGGAACUGUACAAGUAAAUGCAAGUCACUUUAGAAGCUAUGUUGGUGGCUUAAUUUACUUGAUGCAUACACGGCCAUACAUUAUUUUUUCAAUUGGAGUAAUAUCUAGGUUUAUCCACAGCCCUUCAAAACAUCAUCUCGAUGCAACAAAAAGUGUUUUGUGUUAUGUUACUGUAAUAAUUGAUUUUGGGUUAUGGUAUGGAAGAGUAUCAGAUUUUAGGUUGAUUGGGUUCAUCGACAAUGAUUGGGCUGGAUGCUUGGAGGAUAGGCGAAGUACAUUAGGUUACAUUUUUAAUCUUGGGUCUGGUGCUAUUUCCUGGAGGUCUAAGAAGCAAAGUACAAUAGCUUUGUCUUCAUCAGAAGCUAUGUUUAGGAAUUUGGCUAAGGAGAAUACUUGCAGAUCUUUGUUAAGAACAAAUUGGAGCAAAUGA